AAACAGAUUUCCCGCCUCUCGAAAUGAUUCAAAGUUUUCGACUGCAUUCGAAAUUCCGACACCGUCGUCUUCCACUUGCAGGGCUUUGAUCUCCAAAACCCUCCACUACCCAUUUUCAGUUCUAUACUUAUAUUUUUAUCUCCAAACCAAGGAAGAUGUACAUCAAGGAAAUCUGCUUGGAGGGUUUCAAGUCCUACGCAACGAGGACGGUUGUCCCGGGCUUCGAUCCUUACUUCAACGCCAUCACUGGUCUAAAUGGCUCCGGCAAAUCCAACAUCCUCGAUUCGAUUUGCUUUGUUCUCGGCAUUGUCAACCUGCAGCAGGUUAGGGCUUCCAAGUUGCAGGAGCUGGUGUACAAGCAAGGCCAAGCUGGAAUCACCAAAGCCACUGUAUCUAUCAUUUUUGAUAAUUCAGAUCGAACUCGGAGUCCUCUUGGAUAUGAGGAUUGCCCUGAAAUCACAGUAACUCGUCAGAUUGUAGUCGGCGGAAGGAAUAAAUAUUUGAUCAAUGGACACGUUGCUCAGCCUAAUCGAGUUCAGAAUCUUUUCCAUUCAGUGCAGCUAAAUGUAAAUAAUCCACAUUUUCUUAUAAUGCAAGGGCGCAUCACUAAAGUGUUGAAUAUGAAACCUCCUGAGAUCUUAUCGAUGCUCGAAGAAGCUGCAGGGACAAGAAUGUAUGAAACAAAGAAAGAGGCUGCUCUAAAAACACUUGAAAAGAAGCAGAGCAAGGUAGAUGAGAUAGACAAGCUUCUCGACCAGGAAAUACUCCCAGCUCUCGAAAAAUUGAGAAAAGAGAGGAUGCAGUACAUGCAAUGGGCCAAUGGAAAUGCAGAAUUGGACAGGCUUAAGAGAUACUGUAUUGCUUAUGAAUAUGUCCAAGCAGAAAAGAUUAGAGAUAAUGCAGAGAACAGUGUUCAAGAAGUACGAAAUAGGAUUGUGGAGAUUGAUGCUAAUGUCGUAGAAAUGCACGCUAAAGUGCAGGAGAUGGAGAAUCAGGUUUCAGAAUUAAGUGCUGAAAAAGAAGCCAGCAUGGGGGGGGAGAUUAAACUGUUAUCAGAUAAAGUCGAUACUCUUGCAAGUGAUCUAGUGAAGGAAACUUCUAUGCUUAAAAAUCAAGAAGACAAUCUUGUAACUGAGAAAGCGAAUGCAAAAAAGAUUGAGAAGAGUCUCGAAGAAUCCAAGCUUUCAGCAGAACAGACAGCAGUUGCAGUAAAAAGUGCUGAAGAAGGAGCUGCUGAUCUUAAGAAAAACUUUCAGGAGCUCUCAAAGAGUUUGGAUGAACAUGAGAAGGAGUACCAAGGGGUAGUGGCAGGUAAGAGCAGUGGAAAUGAAGAGAAGUGCCUUGAAGAUCAACUGGGAGAUGCCAAGAUAGCUGUUGGAAGGGCAGAGACCGAAUUGAAACAGUUACAAACAAAAGUGAGCCAUUGUGAGAAAGAACUGGAAGAGAAAAGAACUCAAUUAAUAUCGACCCGUGAAAAAGGUUCUGCUCUAGAGACUGAACUCGAUUCCAAAAGGAAAGAUGUAGAGCAGGUUAAAAGUUCUUUGGAAUCUCUUUCCUACAAAGAGAACAUCAUGGAAGAGCUUCAAAAGGAUCGAGCAACUGAGUUGGAGAUGGUGCAGAAGUUUAAAGAGGAAGCACGCAUACUCUCUUCGCAAUUAUCUAACGUUGAAUUCAGUUACAACGAUCCCGAAAAGAAUUUUGACAGGUCAAGGGUGAAAGGUGUGGUUGCAAAACUGAUUAAAGUGAAGGAUAAAUCUGCAAUGGUUGCAUUGGAGGUUGCAGCAGGUGGGAAGCUGUUUAAUGUGGUUGUAGACUCGGAAGACACUGGAAAAAAGCUUCUACAAAAGGGCUCUCUGCGGAGGAGAGUGACAAUCAUUCCUCUGAACAAGAUUCAGAGCCACCCGGCCACACAGAGAGUUCAAAAUGCUGCUGUUAAUUUGGUUGGCAAAGGCAAUGCAGAAGUGGCACUUUCUCUGGUUGGAUAUGACAAGGAACUUCAAAAUGCUAUGGAAUAUGUGUUUGGAUCAACAUUUGUUUGCAAAUCAAUUGAUGCUGCAAGAGAGGUUGCCUUCAACAGAGAAAUAAGAACACCAAGUGUAACUUUAGAAGGUGACAUUUUUCAACCCAGUGGACUUUUGACUGGUGGUAGUCGCAGAGGCGGAGGAGACUUGUUGAGACAGCUUCAUGCUUUGGCAGAGGCUGAAUCGAAAAUUUCUUUUCAUCAGAAACGUCUUUCAGAAAUUGAGUCUAAGAUUAACGAGCUUCUACCCCUUCAACAAAAGUUCAGAGACCUUAAGAAGGUGUUCGAACUCAAGUCUCAUGAUCUCUCGCUCUUGGAGAACAGGGCUAAGCAGAAUGAGCAUCAUAAGCUGAGUGAGAUGGUGAAGAGGAUUGAACAAGAGCUUGGUGAAGCAAGAUCUGCGAUCAACGAAAAGAAGCUUCUCCAUGAAGAAUGUCUAGCCCAAGUGUCACAUCUUGAAAAAUCAAUUCAUGACCAUGCAGGAAGCCGGGAAAGUAGACUCAAGGAUUUGGAGAAAAAGAUUAAGGCUUUAAAAAAUGAGAUGCAGGCAGCUUCCAAGAACCUCAAGGGGCAUGAGAAUGAGAGGGAGAGACUUAUUAUGGAAUUGGAAGCAGCUCAAAAGGAACAAAAAUCAUUGGAGAGCCAAUUGGCAGCUUUAUUGAAUCAAAUCAAUAAUCUUGAACUGGAAGUGGAUUCUCAGAAAGAAAAGGUUUUUUCAGUACAGAAGGCACAUAACGAGGCACAAUCUGAGCUCAAUGUGGCUCGCCAGAAGAUCAAGGACUGUGAUUCACAAAUCACUACCAUUGUCAAGGAACAGCAGGGAAUCCAGCAAAAAAUAAUUGAGACAAACUUAGACAGGAAAAGAAUGGAGAAUGAGGUCAAACGAAUGGAAAUGGAUCAGAAAGAAUGCUCGUUAAAGGUUGAAAAAUUGCUAGAGAAGCAUGCUUGGAUUGCAUCUGAGAAGCAACUUUUUGGAAGAGCUGGAUCAGAUUAUGAUUUCGAGUCCCGCGAUCCUCGCAAGGCUAUGGCGGACUAUGAGAAACUUCAUGCUCAACAAUCUGGUCUCGAGAAAAGAGUGAAUAAGAAGGUCAUGGCAAUGUUUGAGAAGGCUGAAGAUGAGUACAGUGCCUUGAUAUCUAAGAAGAACAUUAUCGAGAAUGACAAGUCAAAAAUCAAAUUGGUUAUCGAAGAGCUUGAUGAGAAAAAGAAGGAGACGCUUCAAGGCACCUGGGCUAAAGUCAACAAAGAUUUUGGGUCAAUAUUCUCCACUCUUUUGCCGGGAACAAUGGCCAAACUAGAGCCCCCUGAGGGAUGCAGUUUCCUCGACGGAUUAGAGGUCCGUGUUGCUUUUGGAAGUGUUUGGAAACAGUCCUUGUCCGAGUUGAGCGGAGGGCAACGAUCUCUUCUCGCACUUUCAUUAAUCUUGGCUCUGCUUCUUUUCAAACCGGCUCCACUAUAUAUACUCGAUGAGGUCGACGCUGCUCUUGAUCUGAGUCACACGCAAAACAUCGGGAGGAUGAUCAAAACUCACUUCCCACACUCCCAAUUUAUCGUUGUUUCGCUGAAAGAAGGCAUGUUUAACAAUGCCAAUGUUCUCUUCCGGACCAAAUUUGUCGACGGCGUCUCCACUGUUCAGAGAACUGUAACAAAGUAAACACAGGGGUGGAUGAUCCUGGUAAGUACAUAAUAUCAUUGGUCCUCGACUGUUUUGCCAUUAGAGUUUGCAGAUCAAUCUUAAUCUGUUGAUCGAUGCACAUUUUCAUUUGAUGCUGACAACGUAGUGUGUGUUUAUCUUGACAAAAAAGUUGCCUGAAAUUAUUUCUGACUGAAGUAGAGAAUAGAAGGUCAACCCGACAUUAUAUUGCAAGAUCUGAGAAUCUAUCCUCAAACCAUGUAUGUACUAUGUGUAUAUGUUAUGCAAUGUAGGCUGUGAGUUUCA